ACUUGCAGGGUGCACUUUAGUACAGUUAGUGCUCGCUAAUGGCUGAACCCUUCUGCGCCGAGCGUAUCCAACAUGAGUUCGCCCCGCAGGUUGAGGUGUCAGAGGCUGCACGGGCUAUGGAACAGUUCGCCCGCAUUCACGACUCGCAAGGUCGGCGGGUGGUGCUGAUCACUUCAGGGGGCACGAAGGUGCCUCUGGAGUCGCGCACCGUGCGCUUUUUGGAUAACUUCAGUAGCGGGCGACGGGGAUCGGCCUCAGCGGAGUAUUUUCUCCAGGCCGGUUAUGCCGUGAUCUUCCUGUACCGGCAUCGAUCUAUGUACCCAUACAGCCGCCGCUACACUGCAGUUAACUGGCUGGACGCUCUGCAGGUGGUACCCGGGGAAUCUCAGCCCAGAGUUGAGGUCGAACAAAGUCAGCUCCCCGGGAUAGUGCAGGUGUUACAGGACUACCGGCGCUUGCAGAGCUCUGGCUUGCUGCUCCCGGUGGAGUUCAGCACUUUGUCCGACUACCUGCACCUUCUGCUGGCUGCUGCCCAGGCUCUCAGCCCUUUAGGAGCAAAUGCAAUGUUUUAUUUGGCAGCUGCAGUUUCAGAUUUCUACAUCCCGGCUUCAGAGAUGCCAGAGCAUAAAAUACAAUCCUCCAGUGGCCCAUUGCAGAUAACAAUGAAGAUGGUACCAAAGAUGCUCUCACCAUUGGUAAAAGACUGGGCACCCAAAGCAUUUGUUAUUUCCUUUAAAUUAGAGACAGACCCGUCCAUCUUAAUAGAAAGAGCUCGGAAAGCACUAGCAACAUACAGUCAUCAGGUUGUGGUUGCAAAUGUCCUGGAUUCACGGAGAUCGUACGUUGUAGUUGUCACUAACACAGCUGAGACAAAACUUGACGUGACAGAGGAAGAAGAAAAAACAGGUGUAGAAAUAGAAGACAAGAUUAUAAAGGACCUAACUGCUCGUCACACAAGCUUUAUACAUGGGCAGAAUUAAAGUAGCUGCUAAUGUUGUCUAAAAUAAAGAUUAUUUACCCACUAGCCCUAUAGAGCUAAACUGCAGCACUAAAACCAUUUAAUUCCAUUCUAUGCUAAAGUAAAUUGAACCCUUAAAGGGACAGUCUAGUCAAAAUAAAACUUUCAUGAUUCAGAUAGGGCGUGCAAUUUUAAACAACUUUCCAAUUCACUUUAUCAUCAAAUUGGCUUUGUACUCUUGGUAUUCUUAGUUGAAAGCUAAACCUUGGUAGGCUCAUAUGCUAAUUUCUAAGCCUUUGAAGGCUGACCCUUAUCUGAAUGCAUUUGACAGUUUUUCACAGCUAGAGGGCAUUAGGUCCUGUGUGUCAUAUAGAUAACAUAGUGCCCACGCCUGUGGACUUACUUGUGAGAGGGCACUGAAAGGCUAAAAUGCAAGUCUGUCAAAAAAAACUGAAAUAAGGGGGCAGUCUGCAGAGGCUUAGAUACAAGGUAAUAACAGAGGUAAAAAGUGUGUUAAUGUAACCAUGUUGGCUGUUCAAAACUAAGGAAUGUAUAAUAAAUGGAUUAUCUAUCUUUAAACAAUAAAAAUUCAGGAGUAGACUGUCCCUUUUAAAUGUCAUCUUAAAGGGACUUUAAACUCAAAAUGUAAUUGAACAUUAAAUGUUCAAAGGGUCAUUGAACUUCUGGACACAACUAAUCUAGCAGGGCAACUACUCGCCAUACUAAUUUUCCUCUUGUGAUUGCGUGGUGGUGGUGUCCGUUAGUAAAGCUCCGCCUCUUCAUACUGGCAACAUCAUCUUGAAGCACAGGUAUUGGUGAACAUUUACAGACCAGUGAUGUUACUGGCUUUUUGACAGCUCUAUCGUGUACUAAAUAUUUAGUUCACUCUAUAGAGAGUGGAAGCUUUACUUUUUUUUCACAUUUUAAAAGUUACAUAAUGGAUGUAAAAUAACUGUUAAAGGGACACUGAACCCAAAUUUUUUAUUUUGUGAUUCAGAUAGAGCAUGCAACUUUCUACUUUACUCCUAUUAUCAUUUUUUCUUCAUUCUCUUGCUAUCUCUAUUUGAAAAAGAAGGCAUCUAAGCUUUUUUUUUUGGUUCAGAACUCUCGAUAGCACUUUUUUAUUGGUGGAUGAAUUUAUCCACCAAUCAGCAAGAACAACCCAGGUUGUUCACCAAAAAUGGGCCGGCAUCUAAACGUACAUUCUUGCAUUUCAAAUAAAGAUACCAAGAGAAUGAAGAAAAUUUGAUAAUAGGAGUAAAUUAGAAAGUUGCUUAAAAUGUCAUGCUCUAUCUGAAUCACGGAAGAAAAAAUUUGGGUACAGUGUCCCUUUAAAGGUACAUGAAACCCUAUUUUUUUAAUUCACGACUCAGAGAGUUCACAAUUUUAAAACAACUUUCCAAUCUACCCCUAUUAUCAAAUUUGUUUUAUUCUCUUUGUAUUCUUUGUUGAAGGAAGAACAAUACACUACUGGGAGCUAGCUGAACACAUCAGGCGAGCCAAUGACAUGAGGCAUGUAGGUGCUGCUACCAAAAAACAAUACAAUGGACUCUAGUCAGCUGUUUGCCUGAGUAUAUUGCGCUUUUAAGGAGCCAGCAAAUCAUGUUUAGGACUCAGAAAAUGGGUUUGUGUAUAGAUAUAUUUAGACCAAUCAUAUGUUAGAGGCCCAGUAGAAGAUGUGGCUCUCUAGCCCCAGGGGUUUCUUAAAGGACAAUUAAACAAAUGCAUAAUAAAAAGAAAAGGCAAAAGAACCUUGUUUAAAUUUCAGUAGUAGAUUUUUUUUUUUCUGACAAAUUUCAAAAUCGGUUUAAUUCUCCUUCCUACUGCAUCAUGUAACAGCCACUAGCCAGUCACAAAAUUCCUAUAUAUAUUUCCUAUGCAUUCUUGCACAUGCUCAGUAGGAACUAGUGCCUUGGAGAGUGUGCAUAUAAAAAUAUUGUACACAUUUAGAUAAUGGAAGGGAAUUGGAAAGUUGCAUUCUCUGUCUGAAUCAUGAAAAUUUAAUUUUGACUUUAAUGUUCUUUUAAUCAUUUUAGAGUUAUCACCCCAAAUCUUAUCCACUUAAAGGGACACUGAACUCAAUUUUUUUCUUUUGUGAUUCAGAUAGAGCAUGACAUUUUAAGCAACUUUCUAAUUUACUCCUAUUAUCAAAAUUUCUUCAUUCUCUUGGUAUCUUUAUUUGGAAUGUAAGUUUAGAUGCCGGCCCAUUUUUGGUAAACAACCUGGGUUGUCCUUGCUGAUUGGUGGAUAAAUUCAUCCACCAAUAAUUCCGUGAUUCAGAUUGAGCAUGAAAUUUCAAUAUAAUUUCGAAUUUACUCCUAUUAUCAAAUUAUCUUCUUUCUCUUGGAAUCUUUAUUUGAAAGGCAAGAAUGUAAGUUUAGAUGCCGGCCCAUUUUUGUUGAACAACCUGGGUUGUCCUUGCUGAUUGGUGGAUAAAUUCAUCCACCAAUAAAAAAGUGCUGUCCAGAGUACUGAAACCAAAAUAAAGCUUAGAUGCCUUCUUUUUCCAAAAAAGAUAGGAAGAGAACCAAGAUAAAUUGAUAAUAGGAGUAAAUUAGAAAGUUGAGUAAAAUUGCAUGCUCUUUCAGAAUUACAAAUGAACAAAUAUGGGUUCAGUGUUCCUUUAAAUAUUUCAGAUUAAAAGGUCAUUUCCAUUCAGGUACUGACGCUGAAAUCUUCGUUAUUCAUGUUUAGUAAAAUGUGGGGCUGAAAGACCCAUUCUGAUCCAAUAAGUAGAAAGAUCAUCAUAUAUUUGUAAACCAUCGCAAUGACCUAAUAUGUCUAUUAGUUUUUUUCUAUCUGGAAAUCUUUCAUUUGUGUGGUAUUAAUUCUGUAACAAAAAUGUUUCAUUCAUUGCUGAAAACUAAUUUUAGUUUAUAUUUUACCAUUUUGUAAAAAAAAAACUUUUAUAUUAUGUUUAUUUAGCCUUUAACCUUUUGCUUACCAUACAGGAUAAGCUACAAAUGCUGUAAAGUCAGUAAAACUGUAAUAUGUAUUAAACCAUAUUUAUAUAUAAAAAAA